AUGUAUAUGACAGGACUAAAGAGACUGCAUUGUCAGCAAGAGAACGAUAGCUUUGAGUCAGAUAACGAUCAACAACAACAACAACUACAAUAUAUAAUAACGAAGAGGAAUAGACUCGAUCAUCAACUACAGGAAUAUAUUGUUCAUACACCUGCUGGAGACAACAACAUCGAUACUCCCAAUUAUGUCCCUUCACCUCCUCAGGUGCCCACGUUGUCAGACGACAUUGUUGACUACUACAAUGGUUGCCACAUCAACAACAGCAACAUCAAUGGCAACAGCGUAACAAACAGAUGCCACAACACCAACAGCAACAGCAACAGUUGUAGUAGACAGACUGCACCACCACCUCUUCCUCCACCUCCCAACAUGUUCAAGCGAGCUGCAUCGACCAGUGUUAUUAAUGUUGUUAUUGGCCAACAACAGUCU